AUGGCGUCUAAUCAACAGAAACAACCUCUUACCGACGCCCAAACUCUGAUAGGUGAAUGCGAUACAAUCAUUGGCGCAACCCUGAGCUUCCUCGAAGAAGAGGAACAGAAAGUUUACAAGAAUAUCAAUGUUGAGAGCUUGAAGAACAAACUUUCGACUCAGAAAAUCUUCUUCAUAUUUUGCAAAACUGCAUACGAAGAACGGCGAGCAGGCUCACGCAACUCUAACGAAGAUAAUGUACUGAAAAUGUUGGAACCCGUCAAGGUCAGUCUCAAGAAAGUGCAAGGCGAGCUCAGGGCACUCUUGCAGACAGACGAAGACGGCGCGCUCGAGGAGGCAGAAGAAAAAACAAAAGUAGCGUUCGAUGAGCUUGCUGGUAGCGUUAAGACGUUGAAAGCCAUAUUUCGCUCUCCCUAG